UUAAUAAUCCAAUGGAUGGUACUCCUGCCCCUUUAAUUUAUUUUGUUUGGCCUCCUUUCGCUUUUUAUCGUGCUUUAUCAAGCAAUAAUCAUUUAAGUUCUCUUAAUAAUCUAAUACCAAUGAAAUUAAGUGAUUUUAAACCUGGAAAAGAAAUUUUUAAUGCUGUUAUUGCUUUAAUUAUUGAAUAUUCUUUAGAAGCUGGUAAAUAUGUUAAUGGAGAUGAUGAUGUUAGAAGGGAAAGAUCAAAUAUUCUAUCCAAUCAAUAUGGUGAUAAUCCUUUAGUAGUGAAAAGCAUAAGUAAAAUUUAUAAUAAUGGAAAAGUUGCUGUUAAGGAUAUUGCUUUUGCCGUAGAAUCGGGUACAAUUUUUGGUCUUUUGGGUCCUAAUGGUGCAGAAGGUGAUGCAAUAUUAAACGGUUUAAGCAUUUCCGCUUCAAUAAAUGAUAUUUAUCGAAACAUUGGUGUUUAUCCACAACGUGAUAUUCUUUGGGAUAACCUCACAGAACAAGAAGCAGUUCAUUCAUCAUUGAAGAGAGCUCAACUAGUCUCCUUAAAAACCAAAUUAACCGAAAAUUUAGAUAAUAAAAACAAAAGACGACUUUCUAUUGCUAUUGCAUUAGUAGGAGAACCUUCUCUGGUAUUUUUAGAUGAACCUACUACAGGUUUAGAUCCAGAAGCUAGAAGAUCAAUUUGGAAAAUUAUUGCCAAUACUAAUAAAAUUCCUUUAAGAAAAGAUUCUAAUGAUGAAUUAUUUAAUAAGUUAAUUAAGAAGAAUAGUACUAUAAUAUUGGCUACUCAUAGUAUGGAAGAAGCCGAAGUUUUAUGUAAUAAGAUUGGUAUUAUGUCAAGAGGUACUUUAAGAUGUAUGGGUGCUCCUUCUAGAUUAAAACAACUUUAUGGCCGUGGUUUUAGAUUGAAUUUUAAUUGUAAGAUUGAAAAUUUGGAGAAGGCUACUGUGUAA